CAGGGUUCGAAGAGAGCGGAUAUAGUGAAUGCCGGGUCUGGGAGGACCGGAUAUAGUGAAUGCCGGGACUGGGAGGACCAGAUAUAGUGAAUGCAGGGUCUGGGGAGGACCAGAUAUAGGGAAUGCCGGGUCUGGGAGGACUGGAUAUAGUGAAUGCGGGGUCCGGGGAGAGCGGAUAUAGUGAAUGCGGGGUCUGGGAGGACCGGAUAUAGUGAAUGCAGGGUCCGGGGAGAGAGGAUAUAGUGAAUGCGGGGUCCGGGAGGACCGGAUAUAGUGAAUGCCGGGUCCGGGAGGACCGGAUAUAGUGAAUGCCGGGUCCGGGAGGACCGGAUAU